AUGGAAGAGUCCUUCAAACCCGAAAACGAGCUCCUUAAGACCUCCUCAAAACAGCCGAAAAGCUUUUGGUCUGGGGUGUUUUUGAGCAGAGUCAAGCUUAUAGCUUUGGCUAUCGUGAUGCUAAUUUUAGUGGUUAUCAUUAUAAUUCUUGCUGCACUUUUGGGAAAAGCAAGCUCGAGGCUUCAUAAAGCACCUGUUGAGUCAAGUACUGAGGAGCCAACUCGUCCGGCAGGCCCGGCCACCCCUGGGACGGAGGCCUGGUGGAACGUCCGACUACCUUAUGGCGUCAUCCCAGUACACUACAACCUCUUCCUGAACGUAACACUCGACCGAGAUCAUUUUCACGGCAAAGUUGACAUCUAUAUUAACGUUUUCAAGGCAACCAAGAUUAUCAUAGUCCAUAAUCGCAGACUGAAUGUGUCCGAUAUUGACAUCAGAAAGACAGGAAGCCAAGGCUCUCUCGGUAUCAGACAACACUUCCCCUUUAAGAAAAACCAGUUUUACGUCAUGGAGGCGGAGCAGAGCCUCGAGCCGAGUUUGUACGUGGUCAGCAUAAGUUACAAAGGAUUUUACUCCAAAGGCCUCCGCGGGUUCUACCGCAGCUCCUUCACGCAAAAUAAUGGACAAAGAGUGUAUUUUGUAGCUACACAGUUUGAACCAGUCAAGGCCCGAGAAGCUUUUCCUUGCUUUGACGAGCCAGGAAUGAAGGCAACUUUUAAUAUCACCAUUGCCCAUCGACCUGACUAUGUCGCUUUGUCAAACAUGCCAAUCUACCAGAGUAAAAUCAUCGAUGGUCAGAGACAUGACUAUUUCGAGCAGUCUGUAGUUAUGUCAACUUACCUUGUGGCAUUUACGGUGGGAGACUUUUAUUACAAGGAGACUGUCACCGAGAACAACGUUAAGAUGCGGGUCUACAGUCGUCGUGAAGCGCUUGAUACCACUGAAUAUGCUAUCCGAGUAGGACGUGACGUACUCAAGCUCUUCGAUCAGUAUUACGAUAUGGGGUACUCCCUCACCAAACUUGACAUGAUCGGACUGCCCGAGUUUGGGCCUGGGGCUAUGGAGAACUGGGGUCUUAUUAAAUACAGAGAGAGUUAUCUUCUUUGGAACAAAGAGUCGUCUGAAGACGCGAAAUACAACGUGGCUAGAAUCAUUGCACAUGAACUCGCUCAUCAGUGGUUUGGGAACAUCGUCACCAUGGCAUGGUGGGACGAUCUCUGGCUGAACGAAGCCUUUGCAACACUCAUGGCAUACAAGGGGGCAGAUGCCGCGGAGCCAUCAUGGCACGUGGAUCAACACUUUUUGGUGGACACAGUGGAGGUCGCCAUGACUCUUGACGGCCUAGCCUCGUCCCACCCCAUACGGGUACCGGUGAUCAGCCCUGACGAGAUCGGAGAAAUAUUCGACGCAAUAUCCUACUCCAAGGGCGCAACUGUGCUACGCAUGCUCGAAUAUAUCAUCGGAAAUGACACUUUUAUUGACGGACUUAGGCGAUACUUAAAAACCCACGCUUAUGGUAAUGCGAACACAGACGACUUAUGGGAAUCUUUUAGACAGGCUAGCUGUACACGGGGUAGCUGUGUUGACGUCAAAUAUAUUAUGGAUACGUGGACACUUCAGAUGGGGUACCCUGUGGUAAUGAUCAAGAAGGCCAAGGAUAAAACACCAAGCUUUGCGGUGACUCAGAAGCAUUUCUUGUUUGAUCCCAUGGCAAACGUAUCAGCAUCGAAGUACAAAUCGCCGUACAACUACAAAUGGAUGAUACCUUUCACGUAUGUCACGGACCAGCAGCUACAGGCCCAGAAUCGGUGGAUGGACCGGAAUUCCACAACGAUCACGUCAUCCGGAAGCACGUGGAUAAAGGGUAACCAUGGCAACUUGGGGUUUUAUCUUGUGAAUUACGAGGAUGACAACUGGGACGCGCUGGCAGAUCAGCUUAGAACCAAUCACACGGUGCUUGGUGUCGCCGACAGGGCAGGGUUGUUGUUUAAUGCAUUCAAACUGGCUAUGGGUAGUCAACUUAAUUACACAAAGGCCUUCGCGAUCACGGAAUUUCUGAGAAAAGAGGAUUCGUAUAUGUGCUGGGGCGUGGUGGGGACGGCUGCCAAGUACCUAAAGAUGGUGCUACCGCAGUCAUCUAAGGCUUACGUCUAUUUAAAGAAAUAUCUAGUUCAUCAAGGGGAGCCCCAAUAUCGGAAACUUGGCUUCAAUGAUGAAGGAGGUCAUGGCGAAUUAUACAAGAGGGAGAUUCUGCUGGAUAUGUUCUGUGAUGCUGGUGUGGCUUCGUGUGUUGAUAACGCGACUGCAAUGUUCAAAGAAUGGAUGGAUAACCCGAACUCUUUCGUGAUUCCGCCAAAUCUGCGACGGUUAGUGUACUCUCAAGGCGUAGCUAACGGGGGAGAAAAGGAAUGGAACUUCUUGUUUGAUCAACUCUCUAAAAACCCGUCCGCAUCAGACCAGAGGAGGAUGAUAGUGGGGCUAGCUGCUACAAAACAAUCAUGGCUACUUGCAAGGUACCUGAACUACGCACUGGAUCCCUUGAAGAUCAAGCAGUCCCUGAUGAGGUUUGCUAUCGAGGCUGUAGCCGAACACCCCACCGGACGGACCAUCGCCUGGGACUUUGUUCGCAUGAACUGGGAUGUACUCGUGGAAAAAUAUAGCGGCUCAAUGGCCUCUACCUACUCGCAAACUGUGAAGCACGUCUCUCAGGGAUUCGCCACAGAAUUCGAGCUACAAGAGCUGAUUGCGUUUAAUGAGAAAAUCACCGCUGCAAGUGGAUUCCAGAGCAAAGCGCAAAUACAAGCGGUGGAGAAAGUCAAGUCUAAUAUCGCAUGGCUGGAGGCAAACCAGGAAACUGUGGGAAACUGGCUCGAGGGAUUUAUAACGAAAAACAACAUAAAAUGAAUUUCUUUUCACUUUUAUUUUGUUGUAUAGAGAUUCUGUGUUGAGUUUUAGUAGUGUUUUGAUAAUCCUACCGUGGAAACGUUUCUUUUAAUGCAAUGUCAAUUUUUUCAACUUUUCAGGCUAUUUUACUGUUUUAGUAGACAUUUUUUCUGUUAUCAUUAGUUUUGCAAUGUUUUAUUUUCGCACAAUUUAGCGUAUAGAAUGUGAGAUAAUCCAUGUUGUUGGCUAGUUGUGGUCUAGUAGUUUUGUCAGUGUCAUUUAUUGGUAUUUCAUGGCUCUUUUUUGUCUCUUAUUAUUUCAAAGGAUUAAGUUUCUUUUGUCUAUAAGGUUUAAAAUGUUUUAAAAGAAACCCGCAUGUCCCAAGGGAGGUUUUGCUAGACGCACAAACUCAACCAAACCAACCAUUGUCUGUACCAGAUCUGCGAGAUAUCGCUUCAAACAUCUGAAAUAUUACAAAAUCAAAAAUAGGAAGGUAAAAAGAGUCUGAUCAAUGUGAUUAUUGGACUUUUAAAUUGACUACUAUUGGUAUGAAAACACCGAGGAAUAAAAAAAACAAAGGCAAACAUGGACGGCGACUAGGAAGAGUGUCUCCAAACAUC